UAAUACCAAUACUAUCCCUAGUUCUAUGGUGAGCGGGAAUAUAUGUGUAGAUAUUUUGUCUGACACGUCGUUCAGACAACCGGUUAACACGCUUUGUAAUAAUUAUGACAUCUCCUUGGGAUUGUAUCAAACGGUAGUGCAAAAACUUAACAAAAAUCCUAAUUAACAUCUACUAUCUUUCUUAGAUCUUAUCAGACCCUUCAUUUUCCCUCAUUUUUCUAUCACCCAAAAGUUGUAAACCUUAAUUGAGAGAUGGUGGGUUCUCGACUACUUGCGUGUGUGUAGUCUGUCGUCUUUCUUCUACCUCCGACUGCUUCAUCUCCUCACUUCCUCUUCGAAACUCCAAUUAUCUCCCUCUCUUGGCCGAGAGUUUCGAUUAAUCCCUUCCCGAUGUUCUUAUUCGUUCCGUCGGAUGGAAUCUCCUCCGGCUUCGUCUUCGUCUCCGACGUCGGUAACCGCUUCGGAAACCGAUUCCCUAGCGAAGGAUCUGCAGAAUCAAAAUCUGGGAGCUGUUGAUGAAGGUGCUAAGAUCAAACGGAAGCUCGAAGAUUUUAACUGGAACCACUCCUAUGUUAAGGAGUUGCCUGGUGAUCCCAGAAGCGAUGUUACCUCGCGUGAGGUAAUUCAAAGGAUGAAUCUUUUGUUAUGUGGUUAAAUCUGUAGUCAUCAAGUUCGUAUUUUUAUCUAGUUUGUUGUUGAAUGGUAAACGUCGCCCACACGCUCCAAGAACAUGUGGGCCUCUUUCUUUUUCGGCGUCUCUUUGUUUCAGAUUUUUUCUGAGUUUCUAAGAGUUUGUAUCCAAUUCAAUCGCUGAUUACAUGCGGUUCAAGCGCUGCUUCGGCGCUGACAUCAACGGCUCUAGCAAGUAGCAGACAGCAAUCAUCAGCUACCAGAAACGCUUCUCUUGGAUUCUCCCCAACCCCUUUCUUCAGGUAGAUUUGGUCACAACAGUUUAUAUUGAAGAUAAAGACAUUCACAUUGCUUCAGGUUUGUUUCCAAGGAACUAUCUCAAGAAGCGCACCAGUAUUUUCUUGAUUAGAACUGGUAGACUGGUAGUACUACUUUGGUAAAUGAAAAGCAUUGGUGCUGUUUCAUAUGUGGUACAGAAGGAGAAAGAGGAAAGCUUCUACUCCAUCACACUUUUAUACUAUCAUAACAAUUGUUUGUGUCAUCACGUGUACAUGAAAUGAGUAAUAUAAUUAUUUUUUAAAAGAAACUCUUGUCUUUGAAGUAACCGGUUGCACGUAACACAUAAUCGGAUGCGUGAGAUAUUGCGGAGGUUAAUAUUGACUUUUUUGUAACUCGUUUCACUUGUUCGCCAAUUAAUAAAAACAAUGUCCACUUACCUAAUUAAAAUUCUUGUUUUGGUUAUUCACCCAAAUGAGCCUAAAUAAAAUUAAAAAAUAAACCAGACAAAAAAGAAAAAAAAAGAAGGGAAAACCAGAAGAAAGCCGAAAGAAAACCAGACCGAGCCAAUCAACGGAGUCAUUUUAGCUGAGCCUGACGAACGAGAGAGCCAGCCUCCUCUCUCCCCCCACCUCCGUCGAAUUCGCCGACUAGAUCCGCCGCCGGAAGGGAUCUAUCUCUAAUAAUAGCUGGUCUUCCCCGACAAGUAGUUCUCCCUAAAGCUCAUACAGCUUCUCUCUCUCCCUUGAAUCGGCUCAGAUCCGUGGCGCAGAGAUCCAGCGCCGAUCCUCUCUUCCUCUUCUGCCGUUAGUUACUGUUUUCCCUCCAAAAAUUAAAAUUAACCAUUUCUCUCUUGCAACGGCUCUCUCUCUCUCUCUCUCUCUCUCUGUUCUCAGCAGCAACCGCUGCUCACAUGUUGCUCAUCCUUUGCAAUCCCUAGAAUCUCAAACUGGAGCUUGAAAGGGGCAAAGGAACUUGGAAUCAGAUGGAGUGGAACGUUAACAACGCUUUCAAAACCUACAAAGAAAUGGAACCAAAAGCAAUGAUGGAUAUGUCACUCCUUCCACACUCUUCUGAUCCCACUGACAUUGCCUUAGGCUCUUCUUCUGACAACGCCAUUGCCAACAAUACUGCUCCCCCUAAACGCAAGAAGACUAUGACUUCUGUCUUCCUUAAAUACUUCGAGACCUCACCUGACACCAAGACUCGCAAAUGCAAACUCUGUGCUCAAAGCUACUCCAUUGCAACCGCCACAGGUAAUCUUGGAAGGCAUCUGAACAAUCGACAUCCAGGAUAUGAUAAGGCAACGGAUGUUGCAACCACCUCAGUACCACAGAAACCCCAAGUCGCUGUCAAGCCCUCACAGUCCCAGUCCAAAGCACCGCAGAUCGAUUACGAUCAUCUCAACUGGUUGGUUCUCAAGUGGCUCUCUCUCUCAUCGCUCCCUCCCUCUACCGUAGACGAAACAUGGCUGGGAAACUCCUUCAAGUUUCUUAACCCAUCCGUCCAGCUAUGGCCUGCUGAAAAGUAUAAAGCUGUGCUCAAGGAGGUUUUCAGAAGCAUGCAGGGAGAUGUCAAGACAACACUGGAGCAUGUCCAGUCCAGAGUUUCGCUCACCUUGAGUUUCUGGAGUUCGUACGAGAAUAUUUUUUAUAUGAGCGUGACGGGAAAUUGGAUUGAUGAGAACUGGUCCUCUCAUAGAUUGCUUCUCGAUAUUUGCAGGAUUCCUUAUCCCUCUGGAGGUUCUGAGAUCUAUGCAUCUCUUUUAAAAGUCUUUAAGAUGUAUAGCAUUGAAGAUAGGGUUCUGUGUUGUACACAUGACAACAGUGAGAACGCUAUCCACGCUUGUCAUAGUCUGAAGGAGUACUUAGAUGGUCAGAAGGUCUUGCCUUUCUGCUACAUUCCCUGCGCUGCUCAGACUUUGAAUGAUAUUAUUGACGAGGGGUUAGCAACUAUAAAGCCUAUAAUCUCAAAGAUCAGAGAGUUCACACAAGAGUUAAACGCCUCCAUGGAGCUGUCAGAUGAUUUCGUUCAGCUGACAACAACUUAUCAGGAAGGAAACUGGAAGCUUCCCAUAGAUGCUUCUUCUCGUUGGAGUGGUAACUACCAAAUGGUCAACAUCUUGUGCAAGGCUGGCAAGUCCUUGGACUCGGUGAUAAGGAAAAACGAGGAAAGUCUAGAGAACAGAAUGGUGUUGAGCUCUGCAGAGAAGAACGCUGUGAGCAUUGUCCACAGUUACUUGGAUUUGGAUUCGUUUCGCAAAACGACUGACGAUAUGUGCACAAACAAGGAUCUCACCGUCGGUCUAGCUCUCCUCUUCAUGGAUAACAUCUCUGAGAUGAUCACAACUUGCCAAAAGUCUUGCCACAACCCUGACUGGCUAAGAACUUGCGCUGAGAACAUGUCGCAGAAGGCGAGAAGCUACAACACACAAGUCUGCAACGUGUUCACUUACAUUACAGCCGUUCUUGACCCGCGCAUCAAAACGGAGUACAUCCCAGAGACGCUGAACCUAGAGAGCUAUAUAGAUGAAGCAAGAGGGCAUUUCAUUCGGAACUAUGCUUCUCCUCAUCAUUUCACGUCUUCUCUAGCCAGCGGGUACCGUCCACAUCAGGAGAUAGACGAAGGAGGAGGAGGGAACAUCUCAUUUGCAGAGGAGAUCGCUAGAAGGAAGAGAAGAGGAAGCAUGAGUAACAACAAUGCUGUUGAUGAACUGACUCAGUACUUAUCAGAGUCUAUUGUCCCGAUGCAGACCGAUGUGUUGGACUGGUGGAAGGGGAACAGCGGAAGGUACCCGCGGCUUUCUAACAUGGCUCGAGACUUCCUUGCUGUUCAGGCGACUUCAGCUGCGCCGGAAGAGAUAUUUUGCGUUAAAGGAGAGGAGAUUGAUAAGCAAAGGUAUUGCAUGCCACAUGAUAGCACACAGUCUGUGCUUUGUAUCAGGUCAUGGAUUGAAGCUGGGAUGAAACUUAAGUUCAAGUCAACUGAGAUUGACUAUGAGCGGUUAAUGGAGUUAGCUGCCACCGUGGCUGCUGAUAACUCUGACAAGAUUCAACAUAAAUGAGAUUAUUCUUAGUGUUUGUAAUAAAAAGAUAAAUUGUGAUUUAGUUGUCUUCUUUUAGCAUGAUUAUCUGUAUGUAUGUAGUUUUGCUUAGUGUUGGAGGAUUUGUAGAGACCAUUUAUGUAUCAGUUCUUAGGACGAUUCAUCAUUGUUAAGAGUUGGUUUAGUGUAACCAAUCUGGUUAAUAUUUUAAGUAUGUUCACUUGUGCUAA